AUGGCCACGCUCAACACCUCCAGCAACGGCCCCAACAUCACCCGCAGCUACCAGAAUGUCGUCAAUGCCCCGGCGCCCUCUGGUCCCCAGGCCAGCUCGCCCACAUACGGCCAAUGGGCCGUCUUCACAGUCGCUGCCCCGCUUGUCAGCGCAUUCCAGCAGGACGGCGGAAAAGAGAGCGUGCUGAAAGUGCAGAGCACCGGAGAGGGCGAGCUGCUCGACCUGAUAGACGAGUUCUCAGACGGCCGCAUCCAGUUUGCAUUCGUCAAAGUCAAGGACCCCAACACAUCGCUGCCCAAGAACGUCCUGAUAGCAUGGUGCGGCGCCGGUGUUCCAGAGCGGACCAAGGGCUACUUUGGCAGCCAUCUCACGGUUGUCUCUAAGCUGCUACAUGGAUACCAUGUCCAAGUUACCGCCCGUUCCGAGGACGACCUCAGCCCAGAGAAGAUUGUCCAGAAAGUUGCAGACGCAUCAGGCGCCAAGUACGGCGGCGGUGCCGAUGUCUCUGCCCCGCGCGGCCCUCCUCCAGUUGCCGCGAAGAAGCCCGUCUUCACACCUACCUCGAUAGGCGGCGGAGGCGCUGGCUUCAACCCUCUCGGCCGCUCGCGUGCACCUGCGCCAAAGGGCGAUGAAGAUGCGGAUGGCUGGGGUGCUGACGCCCCGCAGGUCUCCAGAUCCCAGCUGGAGAAGGUCGGAACUGCUUACACUCCCACGAAGGUCAACAUGGCCGAGCUCACCGCGAGAAAAGAUGAAUCCACCGGUUCCCAGCCCUCGGGCUCGCAGAACGACCGCCCUGAAGUCGUCAGGGGCGCAUACCAGCCAGUUGGCAAAGUCGACAUUGCAGCCAUCCGAGCCCAAGCGCGCGAUGCCAAAGACGACCGGCCCACUGUUGUCAAAGGCGCGUACGAGCCCGUCGGAAAGGUCGAUAUCGCGGCUAUCCGCGCAAAAGCCCAAGCCGGUCCUCCAUCCUCUGGCAUGUCCCCAGCCCCAACGGGAGCGUCGAACAACGAAGAAGAGGAAGAGAAGCCCAAGUCUCUCGCAGAGAGAUCAGCAGCUUUCAGCGCGCAGCCCGAGCGCCUUACCAGCUUGCCGAAGCCCAAGGUUGCCAACAAGUUUGCUGGUGCGAGCACAUUCACCGGCACCAAAGCUCCUACUCCAGGAGGUUUUGGUGCAAAGCCCGCUCCUCCAGCACCAAUCGUCGGCGCCGCGAGCAAGACGUUUGCUGACCAAGGAGGAAAGACUCCUGCUCAGAUCUGGGCGGAGAAGAAGGCGGCCCGUGGAGAAGCCGUUCCUUCUUCUACUGCCGAUGCUGGAAGCCGCCCAACUCCCCUCCAAAGCCAACAGAGUGGAGGUGGUGGCUGGCAAAGUGGCUACUCCGGCAAAUCAUGGGCUCCAGUACAGACUACCCGAACAGGUCAGUCUGCGACUAGCAACCUCAGCGAACAACGCACGGGUGGGGCACCUCAACAAGAAGAGCCAGCCUCUCCUGCAGCUGGUGGCGUAAGCUCGCUCAAGGACCGCUUCACAGGUGCCGCCCCUAUGGGAGCGCCAACUUCACGCCCUGUACCAGAGCCGCAAGCUUCCAGCCCACCGCCUCUCGAUACCUCGAGCAAGCCCAAUGCUGGCCCGAGGGGCGUUCCGAUGCCAGGCCUGCCUACCCGACCCAAAGAGCCGGAAUCAGACGAAGAGGAUGUGCCUGCCACUCAACACCAGCGUAUGCCAUCUCCACCACCUCAACCACCUCGCAGCCCGUCUCCUGAGCCUUCUGGCUCUCCUGUUCGUAUUGCCAUGCCCGUUGCUCGUGGGCGCGAACCAGAGGAGAUGUCUCCUGCCGAGGAACACGCACCGCCUAUGCCCGCGCGAUCACUUGAUCAAGCAGCCAGGCAAAAUCGUGACAUGUCUCCAGAGCCACAAGUCGAGGCCAAGGACCCUGCUCGUGGAGCUGGCGCUGCCGUUGCUGCUGCCACUUUUGGUGCUGCCGCAGUAGGCGGUGCUGCCGUCGGCGCAGCGGUCGCUUCUCAUGACGAUGACGAUGCCGGUGCCGGUGGCUCCGGCAAGCGCGCAGUCAUCCAAUAUGACUACGAAAAGGCGGAGGACAACGAAGUCGAGCUCCGUGAAGGCGAGUAUGUCACAGACAUCGACAUGGUAGACGACGACUGGUGGAUGGGCACAAACUCUCAGGGCGAGCGUGGUCUCUUCCCGGCCAACUAUGUUGAGCUGGUCGAGGGCGACGAUGCCGCCGCUGCACCAGCACUGCCCGCACACCCCUCGGCGCCGCAAGAGCCCGAACCUGCUGCGGCACCAUCACAGUCUGCUGGCCCUACAGCCACCGCUCUGUACGAUUACGAAGCAGCUGAGGACAACGAACUGAGCUUCCCCGAAGGAGCCACAGUAACUGAACUUCAAUUCCCCGACGAAGACUGGUGGCUCGGUAGCUACAAUGGCCAAUCGGGUCUCUUCCCCGCCAACUAUGUUGAGUUGAACGAGUAG